GAGCGACCAAAAGGCCCAGCGGCCAAGAGAGAUUGGGUGGCACUUGGCUUGGCGCUUUCUUCGCCUCCCCCACCACCACCACCACCACUACCAAUUUCCACUUCUCUCUCUAAACAAACCUCCAAAAAACUCUCUCUUUCUUUCCCAUCUCUGCUCUGCCUUCCAGAAACCACCGGUGCUCCGGCGACCCAGAUCGGAAAGCACAGAAUCCAGGGGAUUCCCGGCCACUCAUCUCGAUCCAAUUCCAAUCCCACAUUCCCACAACUUAAUUGGUUUGUUGUUUGGUUGGUUCUUAUCUGAAGAUGCACCACCCACAAGACAAUGAUGAGUGGUCCACAAGUAUUGAAGACCAACAUCAACACCAGCCUAUCAAGAAGAUUUCAGUAGGACUCUCAUCUACUACAUCACAUAAACCGGAUGUUAGCACAACCAGCACUCUAUCUGCUCCCAGGAAUGUCAAAGAUUUACGCGAAAGUCCUGGAUAUACCAAUGUUUCCAUCUUUACAUACGAGGAGAUGAGAAUUGCCACCAAGCGUUUCCGGCCAGAUUUAAUUCUUGGUGAGGGUGGGUUUGGUGUUGUAUAUAAAGGAGUUAUUGAUGAAAGCGUCAAGCCUGGUUGUAAGGCCACUCAAGUUGCUAUUAAGGAACUCAAUCGGGAAGGGUUCCAAGGUGACAGAGAAUGGCUGGCAGAAGUUAACUAUUUAGGGCAGUUUAGUCACUCUAAUCUUGUAAAACUUAUUGGAUACUGCUGUGAAGAUGACCACAGGCUAUUGGUCUAUGAGUUCAUGGCCAGUGGCAGCCUAGAAAAACAUCUUUUUCGCAGAGUGGGCUGCACACUGACGUGGUCAAGAAGAAUGAAGAUUGCUUUAGAUGCUGCAAAAGGGCUUGCUUUUCUUCAUGGUGCUGAAAGGCCUAUCAUAUACCGCGACUUCAAGACAUCUAACAUCCUAUUGGAUGCGGAUUUUAAUGCCAAGCUUUCAGACUUCGGCCUUGCAAAGGAAGGGCCCAUGGGGGACCAAACCCAUGUUUCAACUCGAGUGAUGGGAACAUAUGGAUAUGCUGCUCCCGAGUAUGUAAUGACUGGGCAUCUAACAGCUCGAAGCGAUGUUUAUGGAUUUGGAGUUGUGCUACUGGAGAUGCUUAUUGGAAGGAGAGCAAUGGAUAAGAGCAGACCCAGCCGAGAACACAACCUUGUGGAGUGGGCUCGCCCACUCUUGAAUCAUAAUAAGAAGCUUCUGCGAAUUUUAGACCCCAGAUUGGAGGGCCAGUAUUCCGUUAAAACUGCUAUGAAGGUGGCUCAGCUGGCAUAUCAGUGCCUCAGUCAAAACCCAAAAGGCAGGCCCCUUAUGUGCCAGGUGGUGGAAAUUCUGGAGACUUUCCAGGAGAAAGAGGAAAACCAGGAAGAAGCAAUGUUUCAGAGUGGAGGCAGCUGUAUAACUCUUUAUGAGGCUCCCAAGGAAACCCCAGAGGCAGACAAGAGAAACCAGAGAACAAGCAGCGAUGGCAGAAGGGCAGAGGAGAAAGACAUGCAGAGAGUGGACGAGCAGGAUAGGGGGAAAGCAGGAAAUGGAAGCGGUAAAAGCGAAUCUCCAAACAACUUGGAAUUUUAUACUUGUAUUCCAGAACCUAAUUCAGAAGACGAUAAGAAAUCAGCUUCCACAAGAAGUUGAAACUUUUGUACCAAAUUAAAUCAUAGGGGGAUAGGAAGUUGAGAGAGAGAACAGAGAGAGAGAAAGAAAGACUGUAAUCCUCGGCUAUCCAUCCAGUGGAUGUUUUUUGAGAUAUGUAUUUUGCUUGGUCCCCUUGGUGAAAUUUGAGAUAUUUAGAAGCAAAAUUCAUACGUUUUGCCAAUUAUAAGGUGUACGAAAACAUUUCUUUCCUUGAGAAAGCCAUGUGCUAUGUAUGUGAGUCAAGCCUAAAAAACGAAAAAAGGCAUUUUCCUUCAACCAAAA